AUGCCUUCACAAGCUUCUUCACCCGCUUCACCCGCCUCAAUAACAGAAGAAAUUUCCACUAGAACGAUGUCGGACGUGGUUAAGGAUUUCGAUACAGAGGAACUUAUUGAAUAUUUGAAGAAAAAAGACUUGAAGCUCAAUGAGACCCACUUUAAAAUUUUACGAAAGGAAGAAAUUGCUGGUAGUGACUUUCUUAAUACAACUAAAGAGGAAUUUCAAAGCUAUGGCAUGAAAGCUGGUCCCGCAAAAAGACUUGCAGAAUUUAUUGAGAGUCUCGGGCAGAAAUUACGUAACUAUUCCUCAUAUAAAACUCUCGAUGACUUGAAGGAGAUGUUGCGAAAAAAUAAGGUCAAUGGGGAGGAUAUAACGAGUAUCAAACAAUUUGCUCCUGUCUUUGAGGAAAUUAAUGAAGAUGAUAAGGUUUUUAGUCAUUGCAUAGACGAUAUAAUUUUAAAAUUAUCUAAUCUGGAAACCAUGAUCGAUGCCAACGAGGCCACGCGCUGUGAAUUUAUUUCAGCAAUAUUACACGCGUCCAUCGCUAUAGCUAAAAACCUUACCUCUCAAGAUAUAUUCAUAGUUUUGCAAAAAGAUAUUUCAGGGAAACCUCGCAAUAUUAAGAUUGGAUAUGCCCAAAAUCUAGCACAGCUUGAAAGCGCAUUUCAGACAAAUAAAAAGAAACGGACUGCGGAUCAGGCGUUUGGGAACGACUAUUUUGACUACAUUUAUGGUAUCGUGACCGCGGGCACGGAGUGGCACUUUAUCAUAUAUACUCCGGACGGUAUUUUCUGUACAAGCGGUAGUGAAUACCAAAUUAAUCUUACGAAGUCAGCGAUCAAAGAAAAUCCUGAUUUACUUCGAAGCAAUGUGAAAAGGGUAAUAGGUAUAAUUGUUGGGCUACUGAAAGAUAGGGUUAGUGUUGAUAGUUCCCCAACUA